AUGCCUUCGAUUGAGCACCCCACCAUCAAGGAUGGCUGGUUUCGCGAAAUCUCCAACAUGUGGCCCGGCCAGGCCAUGACGCUGCAGGUCAAGGAGGUGCUUCACCACGAGAAGAGCUUGUACCAGGAUAUCCUCAUUUUCGAGUCAACCGACUACGGCAUGGUCCUUGUGCUCGACAAUGUGAUCCAGUGCACCGAGCGGGAUGAGUUCUCCUACCAGGAGAUGAUCACCCACCUGGGUAUGAACGCACACCCCAACCCCGAGAGGGUCUUGGUCAUUGGCGGUGGUGACGGUGGUGUCCUUCGUGAGAUCGUCAAGCACGACUGCGUCAAGGAGGCCGUCCUCUGCGACAUUGACGAGGCCGUCAUCCGUCUCUCAAAGCAGUAUCUGCCCGGCAUGUCUGUUGGCUUCAACCAUCCCAAGGUCCAGACCAUCGUCGGCGACGGCUUCAAGUUCCUCGAGGACAAGAAGGGCCAAUUCGACGUCAUCAUUACCGACUCUAGUGACCCAGAGGGUCCCGCCGAGGCCCUGUUCAAGAAGGAGUACUUUGAGCUCCUCAAUGGCGCGCUCCGCGAAGGUGGUGUCAUUACCACGCAAGGUUCUGAGAACCAAUGGCUUCACAUGCCACUCAUCGUCAACCUGAAGAAGGCAUGCAAGGAGGUCUUCCCCACCGUCGAGUACGGAUACACCACCAUCCCCACCUAUCCCUCGGGUCAGAUUGGUUUCAUGGUCUGCAGCAAGGAUGCCAACCGCGACCUCAAGAAGCCCCUCCGUAGCUGGUCUCGCGAAGAGGAGGAGCAGCUCUGCAGGUACUACAGCAAGGAGAUCCAUGAGGCAGCCUUUGUGCUUCCUACCUUCGCGCGCAAGGCUCUUCAAUAG